AUGCUGGGAGAACUAAUGUCCGUUUUUAGGAAUCUCCACGAGAUACUUGAUUCCUCAGGCACCAUAGGAGCAUUGGUGGCUUGGCUGAUCAGCUACAAGCCAGCCUUGUUUGGUUUCCUAUUCCUUCUGCUGUUGCUUAGCAACUGGCUGGUCAAGUAUGAACUCAAGCCCACCCCCCCAGAGCCCCAGCAGGAGAAGUCAGAGAAACAAAAGACCCCCGAAGCCAAACCCAACUGCAACUUCAUGAACAUGAAAGAAGUUGAGAGACUGCACGCCUGCUUUGCCCUCCAGGACAAGAUCCUUGAACGGCUUAUGUUCUGUGAAAUGAAGCUGAAGGUCUUAGAGAAUCAGAUGUUCAUCGUAUGGAAUAAAAUGAAUCACCACAAGAGGUCGAAGUGUCAGCGGACUUUUCCCACGGGGAAGCACAGAUCGAGAAAGCAGGAUUCCAUCUUCUCCAUCUUCUCUGAGUGCACUUCCAAUUCCCCCUGA